AUGCACGGGCUAAAUUAUAGCCGUCCCCUAGAUUCAGCCCCAUUCGCCCCCACCUCUGGCAUAACGGCUGCUCGUGAGGUUGUACGCUCAGCCGAUUAUUACGUCGAAGUGCAACUGUCUGAUUUCAACGCGAUGCAAGAGUUGCGCAGGAAAUUGCGGAAACUUAAACGAAAACAGCUAGCUCCCAAGGAACCUCCUCCCCAGCUAGAUUCCUCGCCUGCUCCGGCGCCAGACAACGCACGCGAAAAAACCUACGGGCUUUUCCUACUCAGCGGCAACGACUUGCCUGACGAUUCAAAAGAAGAAGAUGCUAUCGGAGUAGAUAUUGUGGCAAUACAUGGCUUGAACGGGGACGCUUAUACAACAUGGCAGCACGAGAACGGUACUUUGUGGCUCCGUGAUCUGCUCCCGAACAGCCUUCCCGGGUCACGCGUUUUCACCUAUGGUUACCCAUCUGAGCUCCUCUGGAGCUCUUCAGUGGCCACUUUACGACACUAUUCUGGGAAUCUUCUGAAUUCUCUCAGAGCCAUCUCGGAAGGACCGCAGCGUCCGAUAAUAUUCGUUUGUCACAGCCUUGGAGGCAUAGUAUGUAAGCAGGCUCUUGUUCUGGCGCAUGAAGAUGACCGCUUGUACAGUGACAUACUGUCUGCCACUUCCGCCAUUGUAUUUUUUGGAACGCCACAUCGUGGUUCAAAAGGAGCUGAUGUCGGGAAAAUCGUGGGAAGGGUCGUUAACAUGUGUUUACGUGCAUCACAGACUGCAGGCAUUGCUGGGACAAUACGGGAUGACCUUCUGACAACCCUUGGAUCCAAUUCUCAAGCAUUAAGUGAUCUCGCGGUCUCUUCCCGAAAUCGUUUGAGAGACUUGGACAUUGUCACCUUUCACGAAACGGAAACCAUGCCCGGGCUGUCAGAACUGGUCGUUGAUCCACAUUCUGCCAUACUGGGAUUACCAGACGAAGAUAUCAUACCCCUGUUCGCAAAUCAUAGAACUAUGUGCCGUUUCGGAGGGGCAAAGGAUGAUGGUUACAGCUACGCCUUGAAGGCGAUCAAACGAUUGGUCAAAAAUGCCCUCUUCAACCGAGAGAUGGAAAUGAAAUCAUUCCGCACAUCCUCAACUCAGUCUUUGACCGAGGCUGAAAGAUCUUGCAUGGCCCUGCUAAAUUCAAUCCACCUAGCAGAAUAUAAAGCACAAUUACCGAGGCCGGUGCAAGGGACCUGCAGCUGGAUUCUGGACAACCCUGCAUAUCAGUCCUGGAUAGCGGCCAAAGAGUCGAGAGUGCUGUGGAUCACGGGCGAACCUGGCUGUGGGAAAACGAUGCUCUCUGCCUAUCUGGCGGAGCACCUAAGGCUACAUCGCGCUGACCCUAAUACACCUCAGGUCUUUCUUUUCAUCUGUGACGACAAAGUAACAUCUCAGAGAGACGCAGCUGCUAUUCUUCGCGGAAUUCUAUAUCAGAUCCUACAGCAACACCGAAAGCUCAUUAAGCAUGUGAAGAAACGAUUCGAAAUGGAAGGCCCAAGUCUUGCAAACUCCUUCCCGGCCCUCUGGGAACUAUUUCUGAAGUUGGUUGCUAAUACUACGUCAGGCCCUGUGGGCGUGAUAGUGGAUGCGAUUGAUGAGUGUGAAGCCAGGACGCGCAAUAGUUUCCUGAACGCCAUGAUGCGGCUAGUGAACGAGUCACAAGAUGAACAUCGACAAUCUCAGAACUAUGUCAAGUUUCUGAUAACCAGCCGUCCAUCACUCGGAAACUCUUACAAUCUCACGGGAACAAUGACAACCAGACUGCCAAUCGAGCAAAACCACAAUGUUGUCAACGAAGACGUCAAGUUGGUCAUUCGAAGCAAGGUCGGCGAGAUCUCAAACAAGUUUCAUUGCAACGACGAUACCAAGAACUAUCUAGAGCAGUUGCUGUAUUCCAAGUCUGACCAGAGUUUUCUCUGGCUGAAUAUGGUACUCCGUAGCCUUGAAGGUAGUUCAAAGGCAUCAAAGAGCGAUUUCGAACGGAUCAUCAACACAUUCCCCGAGAAUCUUGAAGCCACUUAUAGCCGAUUUUUACGCGAGAUUCCACCUAACAAUCAAGAGGACGCCAGAAAAAUAUUACAGCUGCUUAUUGGAAGUUCGAGACCCCUGACGUUGGAAGAGAUGGACACUGCAUUCACGAUUCAGCGGAAACAUGAAGCCCUACCCGAUUUACUGAAUGACCGGCAGUUCUCCAUCAGCUCAACGUUGCAGGAUAUCGUGGGGUCCUUUGUCCGCAUCAAUGGUGUACAAAGCUCGGCCAGAGAUUCAACCGUUUCGCUCAUACAUCAGUCCGCUAAAGAAUACCUAACCGACCUCGCACUCCGUUCUGCAGACAAGACAGUGCAGAGUCUUGCAAUUCCUCUUCCAGAAGCAGCGCUGAGCAUAUCCCAAUCAUGUAUGCGAUACCUGCUUCUGAAGGAAUUCCAAACGGACAUUUUCGCCCCGGAAGACAUAAGCCUCGAGCCGAGCUCGCCUGAUUCCUGUCCUUCGGACCCCUUCACAGACUUCGACACAAAGGGCCUAUCUCUUGGCCUAGACGAUUAUCCCAGCCUAGACAAUUUGUUCAAACAUUCACAGUAUAUAGGCGAGGAGCAAUGUACGCUAAUUGCUCAGAGAUAUGAAGUUUUCGAUUACGCGGCAACUUUCUGGGCGGAGCACUACUCGCUAUGCGAAGCCAUUGCCCCGGAUCACGUCCACGAGGCGGCUCGUCAACUGACGGCGACUUUGAGUUGUGUGCAGACGAAUUGGUUGAGAUACUAUUGGGUCAAAAGGAACAUGGAAUACUCCUUCCCAGAUAAUUUCGAGACGAUUGAAAUAGCCGCCUUUUUCAAUCUGACCACGCUGCUUGCCGAGACAUUGGCAAAAGCAGAUUUUGAAGAAGCAAAGAAGGGCCGAGCGCUGUUUUGGGCAGCGAGAAUGUCCUCUCUCGGCUCGAUUAGAGUGUUGCUUCAUCAUGGCACAGACUCGAAUAGUACUGGAGUCGAUCAGGACACACCCUUGACUAUAUCUGCGCAAUAUGGGCAUCUGGAUGCCCUCAAAUUGCUUCUCAGCGCAUCGCAAAUCGAUAUUUCAUUACCGGGAAGAUCGGGAAGAUCAGCGCUGUCGUUUGCCGCAGGAAACGGGCACUUGGAUAUUGUCGAAGCGCUGUUGGAAAACGGUGCUUUCAGGCCCGACGAACAAGAUCACACACAUUGGACGCCACUUUUCUGGGCUGUACUGGGAGACCAUGCAAGUAUUGUGCAGUCCUUGCUGAAACAGCCAGCAAUCGACAUCAACCACGUCGACAAAGCCGGACGCUCUGCCCUGUCCUGGGCGGCUGGAGAAGGCUCCGUGAGGGUGCUGAAAGUCUUACUUCGCCACCCUUCUGUAGACUUGAAUCUGGCGGACGCAAAAGGGCGAUCUCCACUCUCGUGGGCCGCGGGCAAUGGACAAAGAGAAGUAGUCAGUAUCUUGAUGCACACCAAGGGCAUUGACAAAGCCAGCAAAGACCAUGACCUGCGCAAUGCCAUUUCAUGGGCAUGUCAGGGUGGACAUACCAACACUCUGCGCAUUUUACUGAACAAUAACUGUGGUGGCGAGGAUGACGUGGAUAUCGACAGCUGGACGCCAUUACUAUGGGCGCUUUUCAUCCAGUCCCCUAAGACAGUGGAGACGCUUCUCUCAACCCGUCGUGUGCAAAUCGACCGCCAGGAUGAUGUCGGUCGGACAGCAUUGAUGUGGGCUGCAAGCUAUGGCUAUCUGGACGUCGUGCAGCUGCUGGUCUCAUGGGGUGCGAAUCUGCAUAUCACGAACCAAAAGGGACAGACAGCCGCCGAUGUCGCCAAAUCGCAAGAGCACAUGGAGGUUUGGGAGUUCUUGAAGACGCAGCGGAGCCAGAAGGUGGGGAGUGGUGUGGACUUGAUAGUGAUAUCCUACUACUUUAAGCUGAACGAUAGCUACCGAGAUAUCAAGUCUGAUGGGUUUCUUCAGGAAAAACACAUCACCUUUGUCCCAUCAGUCUCUAAAUCCCGUCAUCCGCCCGCUAAUCAGACAAAUCCUUCCGCGCGUACUCGUAGACCCAGGAAAUGCAUUGGCCUCUUGAUUGUUACUCGUCCCACGCAACCCUAUAUCCCCAUAGAUCCCCGGCUCCCACCAGCAAAGGACGCAUGCGAAGCUGUCCGCGCUGGGACAACAAAGGCUACGCUGUAUAUGAAUGAUUUCUAUCAUCUCCAUUUUGCUUCGUGA